AUGGACCACAUUGAUCUCUUUGAAGAAAUCUGCUCAACAACAAGAACCAAUGGAAUUCCCGAAGAUUACUUGAAGUGUAAGCUUUUUCCUUUCUCUCUAGCCGACAAGGCUCAUAGAUGGUUAAAGUCUCUACCUCCUGGAUCGAUUACUAGCUGGGAAGGAUGCAAGUCAGCCUUUCUCAACCACUUCUACACAAAGUCUAGAUCCAAUUCUCUUUGCAACAAGCUGCAAAGUUUUCAACAAGGACCGGUCGAAUCUUUUUAUGAAGCAUGGGAACGUUUCAAGGACUAUGAACGUGACUGCCCCCAUCAUGGUUUUGCUCAAGGUAACCUCUUAAGUACUUUCUAUAGAGGAUUACACCCUAAGUAUCAACUUUCACUCGACACAGCCAGCAAUGGAGAUUUCACUACGAAGACCGUUCAAGAAGGACGAGCUCUUAUCGACAACCUUGCCGCAAGUAGUAGCAACACUUGCACCGAUUUUGAUAGAACCAUCCGUUCUAGCAAUUCCGACGCUAAGGAGAUUGCUGACCUUAAGAACAUGAUGAACCAACUUCUAAGGAACCAACAACGCGGAGUAAACUCUUGUGAGAUUAUUAACAAUGGAAACAUGGAGCCUUUCCAAGAAGAUUCUUAUGACCAAGAAGAAGAAGUCAACUAUGUUGGUGCUCAAGGAUACUACAAAAACCGAGGGUACAACAACAACUUCAACAACAACUUUAGAAACACUUCUAACCUUUCUUAUAGGAACCCAAAUGUGGAGAAUCCCCAAGAUCAGAACUAUCCUCAGCAAGCUAACCGCUUUCAAGGCAACAACUUCGGUGGAAACAACAACAAUAACUUUCAGCCGAGUGCCCAAUUCAACAACAACAAGCCACCUUUCCAAUCCGGACCAGCCCAGGCGCCUUCCUCUCAAGCCGAUGCUAACGUCGACAUAAAGAUGCAAGAACUCCUUGUUGCUUUUCAAAAGCAAUCAAGAGAUAUCAACUCAAGGAUGGACAACAUCUAUACCAAACUGAAUGGGAAGUUUGAAAGCAUUUCUAUUCAUGUUAAGAAGCUUGAAACCCAAGUUGCUCAAACUGCUAAUGUCGUUCCACGCCAAGUUGGUGUACUUCCAGGAAAACCCGAAGAGAAUCCUAAAGGAUAUUGCAAUGCUAUCUCAGCCGUACCAGCCCUCACUUGCCAUGAAGCCAAACCUACGGUACCACUAUUUGACUCUUAUGAAGACAUUAUUCGUAUGACAUGUCCAUUUGAUGAAGAAACCGCAAGCCACUACCCCUUAAGGAGACUACCUAAAGCUGAAGACCCUGGACGUUUUGUUUGCUCAUACUCCAUAACAAGCAUUGAAUUCUCUAACUCUCUUUGUGAUUCUGGUGCUAAUGUUAAUGUUAUGUCAAGAAGUGUAGCCGAUACACUAGGAUUACGAGAUAUAUCGCCAUCCAACCUCAGUUUAGUCUUUGGAGACUCAUCACAAAAGGUUCCCGACGGAUUUGUUCAAGACCUACAACUUGUAGUAGGAGAUUGCAUAGUCCCUACCGAUUUUCACAUCCUAGAUAUGGAAGACAAGACCGAGACACCAUUGAUUUUAGAAAGACCAGUCCUAGCUACUGUUGGAGCUAUCAUCGACCACAAGUCAAAGAGAACAACCUUUGCUAACAUCAACAAGAAGAAGUCAUAUCCGACUAUCUCCAAGCCAAAGCCAUGGCCGACCUACUCGCUACAUGAAGAGCUGAUGGAUCCUAACAUCGACAAGAUGAAGCAAUUCGACCAUUCAGCAUCCACAAGUACCAACAACCUGCUACCCAAGCAACCUAAACCGCCUAAGCCACCACAAAUUUCCAAGAUCAAGAUCAUAGUUCCUCCUGAGCUAAGCAAUGAGAGCAAGGAACAGAUCCAAGAAAUGAUAAGGCAUACUAAAGAAGUUCUUCUUCAUGCAAAAGUUUUUGAAACUUCUGCAAAAGGACAACUUGUUAUUGAAGCUGGAGCAGACUAUCAAGAUAUCAAAGGAGCCGAAGGAGCAUUGAUUCCCGAAGCUGACCUUUCUCAAGCCUAA